AUGUGUCCUUUUUUGUUGUCUUUGAGGACUCCCACUUCCAGCAGAGACGCAGCCACCUUCUAAGAUUGUUGGUAGCGUCAAACACUGCUUUUUAACUUUUCCAUAUGACACAAACUUAAGAUGGCAUGUGGCAAACCACUGUGUACCUGUGUGCAGCUCCUCAUAUGUUGCUUUUUGGUAACAAUAUUUUUUUUUUUUACAAUAACCAUGUUUCUAACAACCUUUAUAUCUGAUUGUAUGCAGCUCUUUAGCAUUUCUUUAAGUGAGGUCAAAGUGAGUUAUGGUUUUAGCAAGGUUAUUCCAACAUACAGAAACACUAUCAAAAUGGUUGCUACUGUACAUUCACCACAGUGUUAUACACCUGUACUCUAUUAACCAUUAGGGUUCAUAAACACAGACUGUUCUUAGGUCAUGUUCACACUGGCCUUGUUUUGUCUGGUUGAACUGAACCUUGGAGCGUUUACCCCAUUGGUAUGGUUCGUUUGGGUUGUGUGAACACCGGGCUCGAACUCUGGUGCAAACCAAACAACUGCUCUCCGGUCCACGUUGUAGGGAGGCUCUUUGUCCGUUAUCAAGUGAACUCUGGAGCAGUUUACUUCUAGUGUGAACCCCAUCCAUACCAUGGGGAUUGAUUGAUUUUUACUCUUUGACAGACGUUAUGUUUUUUCUCCUAGGAAUCGGGCUCAGAAUCAGCAGAAACGUGCGUUCUUGAAACCUCACACUCAAAUUCUGAUGACCCAGAUGUACCCCCCCUGACAAGAACUGACAGUGUAUUUCUGACCAAAGAAUACCUUGAACAGGUCUUACCACAUCCAUCUGACAGCUCUAUAAGCUGUAUUGAAAGCAGUGGUGAUGAGUAUAUCCCAUCAAAGGCCUCUGUCAGCGGAGGCAGUGCAGAAGAACCUGACAGUCCCGUGAGCAAAUCACCAGUAGUGAAGCAGAAGACGUCACAGAGGACAUAUAAGAUAAAAAAACGCCCCAGAACAUCUUCAAAUGAAGACAAGAAGAGAAGAAAGGAAAACUGCGAUGACACAACCCUGGAAAAUGUGUCUGUAAUGAAACUGCAAAAAAAGACAGACGGUGCCAGAGUUUACAUAAAACACAUUAUUGUUUUUACUGUCCCGCACUGCCACAAAAUGGCAAGGCAUUUAAUCCGCAAACACAGCACUGAACCUGCUGUAGCUAAAGCAAUAAGUUUUCCUUUAAAUUCAAAGUACCGAAAAUUACAUUUUGACCUCAUUAGAAACAAAGGGAACCGUGCUCAUAACAACGAGGUCCUAAAAACUGGCAGUGGGACACUGAUCCCAAGUCAGCAAACUGCAGAACCUGUGAAAGCAAGUGACUACAUGCACUGUAUAAACUGUGAAGCUUUGCUAAAAAGAAAAUCAUUGUGGAGGCACAUGUCCAGGUGCAGGCUUUCACUUAAAUGUAGCACGCCAAAGCGAGGUAGAAGUCGAAUUCAGGCGCUCUGUGCAUAUGCACAGCCUGUCCCUGAUGGCGUUAGCCGAAAAGUUUGGGAGCUAACAAAUGCCAUGCAUCAAGAUGAAGUCACAAACAUCAUCAAAAAAGAGAGAAGUAUUUUGAAACUUGGAGAACAUUUGUAUGCCAAGCAUGGACAUGACAAAAAAAAACAUGACUAUAUUAGACAAAAAAUGCGGGAAAUUGGGCGACUAGUUCAACAGUCACGGACAGGUGGUAAACUGAAAAAAAUUAAGGACUUCUAUGUGCCUUCAAACUUUAACUUUGUGAUUGAAGCAGUAAAAUCUGUGGCUGGCUUUGAUGAGGAGAAAAACACCUACAAAACUCCAUCGCUGGCUCUGAAGCUGGGUCAUAGUCUCAAGAAGAUUGCAGAUAUUCUUGAGUGCGAGGCGCAGAUGGCAGAGUCUGACAAUGAGGAAUUUCUGAACAACCUGAACAGGACCAGGGGUCUUUUUGACAAAAAGUGGGAUGUGUGUGUGUCAUCACGUGCCCUACAAACUCUGAAAGAGGUGAAAUGGAACACUCCUCAACUCCUUCCUUUCACUGAGGAUGUCAAGAACAUGCACAUGCACCUCGAGAAGUGCAGAGAAGAAUGCCAAAAGAAUCUAAAGAAUAAUCCACACAAGAAGACCUGGACCAAGCUAGCUAUUGUCACGCUUGCUGAGGUGAUACUGUUUAACCGCAGAAGGGAAGGUGAAGUGUCAAAGAUGCCACUUGGUGCAUUCACCCUGAGAGACAGUUCAGACGUUCAUUCAGAUGUGGCACUAGGUCUUACCGAGUUGGAGCAAAAGCUUUGCCAACAUUUUCAACGGAUUGAAAUAAGAGGGAAAAGAAACAGGAAGGUCCCGAUCCUUCUAACACCAGACAUGCUGUCAUCUAUGGAGGCCUUGGUUGCACAUCGGCGGACCUGUGGUGUUCCUGAUGACAAUCCAUAUUUCUUUGCCAGAGCAGAAGCAGAGAGUCACUUAAGGGGAUCAGAUGCCAUCAGACAGAUGGCAAAGGAAUGUGGGGCGAAGCAUCCUGAAACUCUGUCCUCAACCAAGUUGAGAAAGCAGGUCUCCACGCUGUCCACAGUUCUCAACCUGAAGGAUAAUGAGAUGGACACACUGGCAAAUUUUCUUGGCCAUGACAUAAGGGUCCACAGACAGUACUAUAGACUACCUGAAGGGACAUUGGAGUUGGCUAAAGUCAGUAAAGUGUUGAUUGCCUUAGAACAGGGCCGGCUGUCAGACUACAAGGGAAUGAGCUUGGAUGAAAUCCAGAUUGAUCCCAGUGAACAGGUAUUAGAAGCUGUGGACAGCGACCUGUCAGAGACAGAGGUGGGCCUCGACUCAUCUUUUUGCUCAUCAGCAUCCUCGAGCUCUAGGAAAAGACAGCGGUCUGUUGAGUCAGACAGUGAUGACCCUCAAACAGCAUCCUCGAGCUCUAAGAAAAGGCAGCCUGUUGAGUCAGAGAGUGAUGACCCUCAAACAGCAUCCUCGAGCUCUAAGAAAAGGCAGCCUGUUGAGUCAGACAGUGAUGACCCUCAAACAGCAUCCUCGAGCUCUAAGAAAAGGCAGCCUGUUGAGACUGGCGGUGACUCUAAACGAGGUAUUUCAAACACUGUUGCAAACUAUAACUAUUAGGUU